AUGAGAGAGCAGUACUACGUGGUGCUGGUGCCCAAGAGGUCAGAGUUCAAGGGGAAGAUGAUUGAGGUGGAGAUCUUCGAGGCUGGCAAGCACUUCCUGAAGGGAAGACCACUGGACGGUUCCGUAGUGUUCACUCCCUCCAUCACCGAGCCGCUGCAGCAGGGGGAGGUGUCUGGGUUCAGUCAGGAGCAGCUGUCCCUCCAGCAGAAUGGGUCCGUCCCCUCCUCAGGCGUGCUGACUGUAUCCUGGAGCCCCUGGAGCCUGGACAGAGAGGCGCUGAAGCUGCUGUCUAUCGGCCUGGCCGUGGUGGCUAUCCUAGUGGUCUUCAUGUGGGAGAAACUCCACUGAGACCGAGGGGCUGGAAGACAUGGACCUGGGCCUGUAUUUAUAGAGCGUCUCGGAGGAGGAGUGCUGAUCCAAGAUCAGGGGCCUCCUUUACAAUCAUCCUUGUAUUCUACAAGGCAAAACUGAUCCUAGAUCAGCAUUCAUACACCGAGACUCUUCAUGAAUAAGGGACCUAGAUCAAAUACAUAUGGAAAUGAUUUCCAAGUACUUUGUACUGGGCAAACUAAAUCAAGCGUAGCUCCAGUAUUUGAGAUAAUUUGCCAUAUUUAUUUGGCCCUGUAGGUUUGGUUGAAAUGGGUUUUUGAAUGGGUCCUAGUUUAGCUUUAUAUGAGGAAAAACUUCUCUGUCUUGGACAAAGACUGAUGGAAUCUGGAGCUGCAUGUGAGAGUUAGGAAGAGGAGACGAGGGAAGGAAACAAGGACAGGAGAUAAGGAGAGGACAGGUUAAAGACAUGUUGUGUGAUACUCUGAUUUAAGAUGGUGGAUAUCUUUAAUUAAAAGUAUUUAUUUUGACCACAAUGAAACAGACACAGAGGAACAGGUAUAUUUGUUGGUAAUGAGUUGACAUCACAGUAAAAGCCCUCUCUGUGUCUGUCCUACUGUCCUACUGUCCUACUGUCCUACCACAUUGUGAUUGUUUAUCAAAACAUUUUUUUCUUUUUUUUUCUCUCGUGUUUCUCUAUUUGUAUUUCUGCUUUUAUGGUUUUCCAUUUUAACGUCAGUCUACUACUGAGUAGAUGGGAGACCCCUUUGUGCCCUGGUAUGAAGUAGUUAGGGAACAGGGUGCUAUUUGGGAUGCUGUGAUGUUACAGUGUGAAACUGCAUGUUGUUUGGUUCUAUUCAUGUACAUCUCAACAGUGGAUCAUCUCCUAUCCCAGGGGACUUAUUGUCUGGCCUAGAUCCCUGUCUGGCCUAGAUCCCUGUCUGGCCUAGAUCCCUGUCUGGCCUAGAUCCCUGUCUGGCCUAGAUCCCUGUCUGGCCUAGAUCCCUGUCUGGCCUAGAUCCCUGUCUGGCCUAGACCCUUGUCUGGCCUAGAUCCCUGUCUGGCCUAGAUCCCUGUCUGGCCU